GGCAAGCGUUGACCCUCGGAUCGGUUUUGCCCCCACUGUAGCCCCCAUCAAACACCAGGCUAUGUCCUCCUCCUCCUCUCCUCCCUCCCCCUCCGAGGCCAAAAUCCUGUCUCCGACCACCGAUCUCUCCUCUGCUCCUCCCCCUGCCCCUUUCUCCGGCGAUUCCGGCCGGCCGAAUUCCUCCGCCAGGGCGGUGGCAAAGGGUGGAGAUGUGGAGAAGAACGGAGGAGAAGGAGAGGCGGGCGAGGGCGGAGAAGAGGAAGAGGAGGAGGCGGAGUGCGGGUUCUGCUUGUUCAUGAAGGGAGGAGGUUGCAAAGAUGCGUUCAUCGCGUGGGAGAAGUGCAUGGAGGACGCCGAGAAGACCGGCGAGGACGCCGUCGACAAGUGCUUCGAGGUCACCACCCUCCUAAAGAAGUGCAUGGACGCCCACGCCGACUAUUACGCUCCCAUCCUCGUGGCCGAGCAGGCCGCCGCCGCCGCCGCCGCCGCCGAUUCCACCGCCGACCCUGAUCCUGAGAAAUAGAAGGUCGAGCAUUUCUGCUUCGAUUCUUGAUCUUGGCUAAGUUUGACCUGGGGUGUAAUGAUCUGAAGCGUUUUAAUGCCAUGGAGUUCUGGUUCUGUUUAUGGUCUUUAUUUUGUUUCAUUGUUCUUUGAAUGCACCAAUUGUAGUUUAGAUGCCAUAUGACCUAAAAUAUUGGGCAUUCGGAUUGGUAGCGUUCACUUCUUUCUUUAAAAAGGGGGGAGAACAUAUCCUGGUGCUCUUAUGGAUAUAAAUUAUUGAAUGGAAUUCUAGUUGACAAAAAGAGCAGUGUAAUAUGGUUUGUGAUAUCAUAAAGAGUGGAAUAAACAAAUCUGUAGAAUUUUAUGGCAUUCUUGACUUAGAUUAAUUCCAAUUGUGAGAGUGAUAUGA